ACCACUGCGUCGCAUGAUAUAUACGUCAGCGCGCGUCUUACGUCGUCACUUCCGACUCACGUUGGUCGUUAGUUGUUUAGCUAGUAGCCGUGAAAAUUCCACAUCUUUACAUGGCGAACGGGUGCAAAGACGUGCUAUUUGCACGCGGAACCGGACAGAGUGACGAUUCAGACAUUUGGGAUGACACCGCCCUGAUAAAGGCUUAUGACAAGGCAGUUGCGUCCUUCAAGACUGCUCUUAAAGGUGAGGAUGAAUCACAAAGCCCUCAGAAAAAACAAGCAGAAAAGAAACGAAAGAACACCAAGAAGAACCAAAGCAGGAAAAGAACUAACUCGCCACCGGAUAAAGAGUGGCAGGUUGGGGAUGCAUGUAGUGCUUACUGGUCAGAAGAUGGACAACUCUAUCCAGGCACCAUCACCUCUAUAGACAAAACCAGGGGCACUUGUGUUGUUGUCUAUACAGGAUAUGGCAAUGAGGAGGAGCAGAACCUUGAAGACCUUCUUUCGGAUAUUUCUGAGACUGGUGAAGAAACCAAUUCCAAGGUAAAUGAGACAGAAUCGUCAACAGAAGAAAGUGACAGGUCAGGCUCCAUGAACCAACUCAAAGGACAAAAAUCCAAACCCCACAGAGAUGCUCAUCCUAUGUGGGCUUCUGGCUUCCCUGGGUUUCCUCCAGGCCCACCUCCCAUGCCUGAUUUUAAACAGCAAGGGGGGAGCAGACGAUCUGGCCAUCACAGACUUGUACCUCCUGCCUGGCCUCCCGUGAUGCCUUUUGGUCCGCCGAUGAUCCCUCCACCUCCACCAAUGAGCCCUGACAUGGUGGAUGAUGAGGCAUUAGGCAGUGUGCUCAUCUCCUGGUACAUGAGUGGAUAUCACACGGGCUACUACUUGGGGUUGAAACAAGGACGAAAAGAAUCUGCCAAGUGGACAAAACUGCACCACAAAUGACGAGCUGAAGAUUUAGUGGUUUCCGUUGCUCAGGGCCUCACCUGGGGCCACGUCCACCCUCCCUGUCAAUUCUGACCUGUGUCUUUCUUUCAGAAUGAAGUGUUGAAUAUUAAGUGCACCUGUACAAAACAUUCAUCACAGUUCAAGGACAGUUUUGUAUUCUUUGUAAAUAGAUUUAAUAAAGGCUAUCAAAUCACA